GUAGAAGCAAGAUGUUAAGCUCUUUGUGUUUGCUCUGUUUUUUCUCACUUGCGACAGGAACCUGUUUUCAAGAGAAAUACAAAGGUGGGAUAAACCAAUAUCCAAAGCGCAUAUUAGUCCAGCCUGGAAGAUCAGCCACUAUUUUCUGCAAUGCCACAACAAAAGAUCCCAUAACGGGGGUGCAUCUAAAGAAACGCUUCACAAAAAUAAUGUAUAUAAACAAAAACAAAGUAAACUUUUAUGGAAAUCAUCUUAAUCUGUCUGGAUCAGUUGGUGAUUUCAGUGUAACACUGCAUAAUCUGACGGAGGACGACACUGAUAUCUACUACUGUGAUGGCGAAACAGUAGCUGAAGAAGACAUCUGUGGAGAAGGGACUAUUCUUAUUGUGGCUCCCAAAACCGGUAAAUGUCAGGAUGGCAUAAUGCAAUAUCCAAAAACCAUUUUAGUUCAAUCUGGGAAAUUGGCUACGUUGCGGUGCUCUAUAACAUCACAGGAGAAAAUAACACGGGUCCAUCUCCUAAAACGCCACUCUUCUAUAAUGAAUAUAGAUAACUUUAACAAGGUUGACAUACGAUCAGACUUUCAAACCAACCUUGUUCUGUCCGGGACAUAUUUGGAUUUCAAUGUCACACUGAACAAUCUGACUUUAAAUGAUACUGACCUUUACUCUUGCAAAGGAGAAAUCAAGGCGAAAGAAGACAUAUGUAGUGAAGGAACAAUGAUUACCGUUAUUGCCAAUAAUGGUGCCAACAACUGCGAAGUGGAAAUUGCCAUUGUUUUUUUUACUGCCAUUCUCCUGGCCCUCACAACCUAUUCUGUAUUUGCGAUGGUAAAAUGCUAUAAGAAGAGAGGUGAGAUUCAAUCAGCCAGGCUGCCACAGAACACAGUGUAUGAGGACAUGACACAAACCAUCCGUCGGAACACAAUGGGCCACUCCACCUCUACCAGCUACUGAGGAUUCAGUUGUAAAUGUAUAGCUAUUGUAAUUAUUUGACCUUUUUUUGCAUGCCAG